AGUGAUUUACGUCUCUGUUCACCAUCUCAUAACCAUCAUGUCUACUUUAGCGACUCCUCCAGCCACGCCCGGCACCGAGAAGAACAAUAGCUUCGAUCAGCCAGCGGACACCAACUCGCUCAUGAAUGAGCUCUCAAGACUAAACAUUUCCAUCUCCAAAGGCGACAAUGCGGCCAAGACGAAAGCCCUUGCUCUGUCCCGCCAACUCACAGCCAGCUUGACUGAACCCGUCGACGCUGCUUCGUCCAUGAUCUUUCAGCCCUUCGUUUCAUUCGCCGUGCAAACCGCAGUGCGUCUGGAUGUCUUCUCUCGCCUGAUUCAACAACAAGACAAGCAAGACAACAAGGUCGUUUCCACAAAUACCCUCUCAGUCUUGUGCAAUAAUGCUGAGCCGCUACUCCUCUCACGCAUUCUCCGGGGCCUCUCAAGCUUGAAUUACAUCUCCGAGGGCACCGAGCCAGAAACAUGGCUUGCCAACCCCACAACACACGCCUUCGCCAUUCCAGCAAUCGCAGCCGGUCAUCGCUUCGUGUGGGAUAUCCAAGUGCCAGGAACAGCUUACGCGCCCAAAUUUCUGGAAGAGACCAACUACGCCUGCCCGACCUCUGCAAACGAUGGCUUCAUCCAAUAUGCCCUCUCGACAAAAUACGAUGUUUUCGAAUACAUGUCUCGUGUUCGACGCGAUCGACUACAAGACUUUCACACCUUCAUGGGCAACACCAUGGGUUCCAGAUCCUACUGGGUAGAUUGGUAUCCCGUACAAGAACAGAUCCUCUCGGGCUACGAUUCUUCCUCAACGCUCCUGGUUGAUGUCGGAGGAGGGAAAGGCCACGAUAUCUUGUCCUUUGCCGAAAGAUUCCCAUGCACUGGGAAGGAAGAAAUGUCGACACCCAGAUUAAUCCUCCAAGACCUGCCCGCCGCACUCUCCACCAUCUCUCCCUCAUCUCGCGACCCUCGAAUUCACUACCAAGCUCAAGACUUUUUCCAACCGAACACUAUCCACGGCGCGAGAGUCUACUUUCUUCAUCAUAUUCUACACGACUGGAGCGAAGCUUACGCCUUGAAGAUCUUGCGGAACCUGAAAUCUGUGAUGAAGCCUGGGUAUUCGAAAUUGUUGAUUCACGAUUUGGUGCUGCCGGACAAGGGGACGAGCCAGUUCCAAGCAGCGUUCGACAUGGUGAUGAUGACAUUCAAUGCUGGAAUCGAAAGAAGUCGGACGCAGUGGGAGGAGUUGUUGAAGAAAGCAGGGUUGAGACUUGAAGGGAUCUGGCAUGGAGAGGGCGGAGAAGAUGCAGAUGGAAUUGUGCAGGCAGUGGUGGAUGUGGACGUGGAGCGAGAGACGGAGGAGUAUCGUGGCCCAGGUUUCCGCUGA